CAGAUUUUGACGAUUCGUCAGCGUCAAUUCUGAGUCUGAGGACUUGCAUCUACGUGAACGCAACGCUCUUAAUCGAACAGCGAUAAUGGCUCUGUUUCCCAUGCUGUACGGAGACAACUGGGGUCCCUCCGAUUUCGCCCGGCGGUUCUUCAACGACGACUUCGGACGCACGUUCCUUGACGGUGAGCUGUUCGACCCUCCGUUCUUCCACCAGCGGUUCUACCUGGAACCCAGCCGGUUGGGUCGGGCCGUCGCCGAACUUCAGCAGAACCAACCCGGCGAGACGGUUGCCUGCACUGGCGACAAGUUCGCCAUUAACGUUGACACCCGGCACUUCUCCCCAGAAGAGAUCACCGUCAAGACUAAGGACAACAGCGUCAUCAUUCAUGGCAAGCACGAAGAGAAGUCUGACGACCGCGGCUGCUACGUGAAGCGUGAGUUCACCCGCCGCUACGUCUUGCCAGAGGACGUCGACCCGGAGUCCGUCAAGUGUCAGCUGACCCCGACCGGCUACCUCGCCUUGGAAGCUCCUCGCAAGAACCCUCCUCCCAAGGUUGACAAGAGCAAGCCCAUACCCAUCGAGGUUCGUCACGAGUCCAGCGGCAGUGGAGACAAGAAGUGAGCACGAACUUUAGCUACUCUAUCUGUACCGGUGACACAGAACAUCUCGGAAAGGUGCUUCGUGUGACUUGAGUGACACCGCUAAGCUAGCGGCUACUUCGGACCACCGGAAGCCAAGUGUGUAAACCAAAGCGGGAAGAUCGAGUUGCGAGCUGGUCUCGAAGCAAACUUCCCUUAGGACUGUUUUCUUCUUCACUAUGAACAUUUCUAGUGCUCACAAAGUUUCAUGUUUGUUGUGCUGUUAAUAAAUUAAGUUCCUUUCUACUA